ACAAUUUUCAACUUUCCAGCUCAUCUUCAAAGGCCGAUAGCAACAAGCUUGAAGGACAGCGAUAUGUCCUGACCUACAGGUUCAGCCAGGACCACUUGGAGCUUCUCUUUAACUCCAUCAGAGCAUCCGGUGGCUGGAAUAACAACCCUAAUGCCAGCCAGUUCAAGUACAUCUUCCGAAAGCUGAUGGCCCGGUGUGGGGUUGUUAAACCAAGCAGCAAAGGCAAUGUGACUGCACAGGAUGACACAGAGUCCCUACCAGCUGUAGCAAUGUCCUCUGCUGCCCAGUCCUACCACAUCGACACAUCUACAAACCUGUCAGCUGUAGAUAUGUCCUCUGCAGAACAAAGAGAAGAUCUUCCAUCCCCGUUUGCUGACAUUCCUGCCCUUGUACAUGACCACAGCUACCUUCCCACCCGCUUCGAUGGUCUUGUGGACAACGCUCUCGUGUACAUUUCAGGAUUUGUUGUGCGACGGACGGUGAAGAAGCUGUCCUGUGAUGUCUGCCGUGCCAGCCUGGUGACGGACGCUGCAUCUGCCAGUAAGGACAAGAGCUACCACCUGCUGACUCUAAGAAACAAUGGAGGCCUGGUGAUUCCGUCUGAAGGCACGGUGAGGGUCGUCAGGGCAGCAGAGUGGGUCAUUCGCCAGGCAUCAGCAGAUUCCAGACGAUCACAGCCCAUCAAACUGCUAGAGGUCCUCUACAUUGUGCGGAAGAGGAUAGGUUCAGAGGAUGUGUUUUUGCUCGGGGAGCACAUCGGCGACACACAGUAUGGCAUUGACAGUCACCACCAUACGCUGGUAACAUUAGUUGUGUCCCUGUUUUUCAAGCUAAGGCUGCACCACAUUGCAAAAAUCAAUACUCUGAGCUUACAGAGUGGCAACAUGAGACAGAAGCUCACCAAAGCAGUCCUUUUCAAAGGGCAUUAGCUCCAACUGUGUGUGCACCGUGUGUCUUAUUGGUUUUGUGUUGUACUGUAUUGUAUUGUGUGCAGCUGGUCCUUGUCUCCAAGACAAAAUAAAAUAACCUUGAACCUUGAAGCCCCAUCUCUCCCCACCU